AUGGUGGGGAAGCCGCUUUCUCGAAAGCUGGUCGUGCUGGGGGAUGGUGCUUGUGGGAAGACAUCCCUCCUGACGGUGUUCACUAAAGGCUACUUCCCUACGACGUAUGAACCAACAGUUUUCGAGAAUUAUGUCGAGAUGAUGCAGGUGGACGAUCAGACGGUGGAACUGAGUCUGUGGGAUACUGCAGGUCAAGAAGACUUUGAUCGUCUGCGUUCACUCUCCUAUGCCGAUACACAUGUUGUCAUGGUAUGCUUCUCGGUGGAUUCUCCUGUCUCACUGGAAAAUACAGAAUCAAAGUGGAUACACGAAGUCAACGAGUUCUGCCCAGGAGUGAAGAUCAUACUGGUCGCUCUGAAAUGUGAUCUGCGGGAAGAUCCAGCGAUCAAGGAGAAGCUUGCGCAGCGAUCUUUACAUCCUGUAACAUACGACGAGGGCUUAUCGGUCGCGAGAGCGAUAAGAGCUAGUAGAUAUCUCGAAUGCUCCGCUAAGCAUAAUCGAGGCGUACAGGAAGCAAUAUACGAAGCAGCACGAGUCGCGAUAGGUAGUCGUCCGAAAGGUGGUGGGGGCAGUGGUACCACUGGCAGGAUACGAGGCAGUGGGUGGAGAGAAGGGCGAUGUGUGAUUCUGUAA